AUGAAGCAAGUUGGUGAUGACGCACCAUUUACAGGUGUAAUACUUCCACACGAGACUUUGCUCGUGAACUUCGACCCUCGCCGCGGUCCUUGCUGUGCUGUGGAGAAUUUCACUAUUGAAAUCUUGGGAAAGCCCAAGUCUGCGUGGAAUAUCUCUGCUACUAAAGUAUUCGCGCGUGAUUUUGUCGCCCACCAUCCCAAUUACCAAUAUGAUGCUGUUAAAAAAGCAUUUUCCACACAUUUGAGAUCCUUAAAGCGCGCUUAUAAGCAGGCAGGACUCGAUGAGGCGGCUUCGAAGGCGCGUCAAAAAGAGGAUCGGAGAAAGGAACGCAAACGUUCAGUAUGUAUUCAUGACAUGACAUUCGAGCGUUUGGACGUUGCUCGUUCAGUUUCGGACCUGCGAUCUCACGUCUCGAUGCUUACAAGAUUUGGUCCUGAUGGUAUGAGUAGCGACGAGACGGCGAACGAGAACGAUAUCCCUCAAUACCGCAUACUCGGAAGGCACUGGCGCAGUCUGGAAGUUACAGCUUGGCUUCGUAUAUUCGAUGCGAUCUACCGUCACAAUCGAUAUGGCCCUGCGGGGACUGGUUCACGGGGCAACAACGCUCGAGUGCGAUUUGAGUCCAUGUCUAUGGGUCACCCGCAAAGGGCAGUCUGUCGACUUCCUCGUAAUGCUUACCGUGUUGAGUGGUAUGAUGGUCUUGAUGAAUACGACCGGGAAGAACUUGACAGGUGUGAGGAUGAGGUUUACGCCUUCACGCACGUUCCUAACAUUCAACUGUAA